CAUCGUGUUAAAAUAGCAGCGUGUGAUGGUGGGCCGCUGAGUCCAAACGUUCCUGCCCCGCAAGACUCCUCCACACACUACUCUACAGUCUCCUCUACAGCUCCCAUGUCUAGCUCCUCCCGCGUCACUCCCUGAUGCUCGGUGACAAGCUCAUCCCGAGUGUGUGUGUGUUGUUGAGGCUGCAGAGUGCCACUUGUCACCAUGGGCGACAGUCUGCCCAUCAUCGAAGUCAGUGAGGACAACUUUGUCAAAGUGUUCCCAGCCAUACAGGCUGCCAUAAAGGAUGCUGCGUUUGUGGCUGUAGAUUGUGAACUGACAGGCAUUGGUGAACACAAGUUGUUAAACUACCCAGAGAUUGACAUGAGGUACCAGUACACUGCAGAUAUUGCCCGCAACUAUGCAGUUAUUUCACUCGGAUUGUCAUGCUUCACGUGCAAAUCUGUUAUUGAUAUUGAAAUGGACAUUGAAGGUGAUGACCGAAUACGCAGUCACGAUUACUUGGUGCAGACCUUCAAUGUGCUAACAUUAUGCAAUGACAGCUUUAAAGCUGAUUGUAAAGCAAUCAAAUUCUUGCUAAGUCAUGGAUUUGAUUUCAACAAGUUAUAUACCAAGGGACUUCCCUAUUACAGAGGAUGUGAUAGAAAUAAAGAUGAGACGCCAAAUGUUCGAAACCUAUUUACAACAAUUUUGCAAUAUCAAAAGCCAAUAGUGAUCCAUAAUGGAUUGUUAGAUUUGGCAUUUCUUUACCAGUCAUUCUAUGCAGAUCUUCCAAAGAAGGUUGAUACAUUUGCUGCAGAUCUCACCGAUAUGUUUCCUUGUGGAAUCUAUGACACAAAGUAUAUUGCAGAGUUCCACCAGUCUUUGCCAGCUACUUAUCUGGAGUAUUUGUAUAAAAGAAUGCAGUUGAAGAAUGCACGCAGAGGAAAUAUGGGAGACUGGCACAUACGCAUGCAGUUUCCUCCGUAUCCAAAAAGCCUGGCAAGUGUUGAUUGGCAUCCAUAUCUUCAGAUCCAUAAUUACAGUUUAGAGAAGGAUGAUGACGGCCUCGAUAUUUGCGAGAUGUUUGCAUUCCAUGGCUGGUGCUCAAGGAAUGACAAGUGUACCAUGAGUCAUGACAUAAACAAGAUUGUGAAAAUUCUCCAACCUAAGGGAGCAAAAAAACGUGGCACUUCAAAAUAUAGUGGACCUAAAUCGGGAUCACUUGUUCGUAUCAUUGAGGAAGCGGCGAAGAAAGAACUUUUAGAGACAGAGAAUGGAGACACUUUAGACGUUACUGACACUCCAACAAAAAAGUGCAAAGUCUCUCGUGAAAUUAAUGGAAACAAAAUUGAAAAGAAAACUGAAAAGAAAAUUGUACUUGAUGUAGCUGCUACAGAGAGUACUGCUGACCCUAAAGUAAAUGGGAAGCAGAGUGCUAGUGGACAUAGGGCUGGGUUUGAUGCUUUCAUGACAGGGUAUAUAUUUGCAGCUCACAUCUCUGAAGUUAAUAAAUUAACAUCUAAAUCCGAAGGGUUUACUGCAGACAACAUUGGCAUGUCUGAACAAGUGAACAAAGUUUACCUAAUGGGAAAACAAAUUCCUUUCCUUAUAAGAACUGGCAUGUAUGCAAACAUGUCUGCAAACCAUACAUCAAAAAUUCUUAAAGUUAGAAAAGAAGAAAAUGGUUAAUGUAAUUUAUAGUUAUGUCAGAUUCCUGAAAAGCCAGUUUUGUAUUUCAAUUCCAAAUUAAUUUAUAUUUCUUUAAAUUUCAAAUAAUUAAUUGUACUUUUUAUAAUGUAAUACAUAAAUCAUGUAUUGUAUUAGCAGAUGCAGUUUUUUAUACUCAUAUGUUGCAUCUUACACUGUAUAAAAAGUUAAAUAAAGGUUACCCAUUUUAUGUUA